UAUGGACAAAGGCGGGGGAUACCCAACUAACACAUCAGAAGUGUUGGCCUGCUGAGCUUGCGUGCUAAACUGUGAAGACUUGACAACAGCCAUACCUCCAGAGCAAAAGAGCUCAUACUACAAGCAUACAAAUGCCCCUGGUUUCUAAAUAUCUGUACUGGGCUCCCAGCACCAUAACAAGGCAAGGAAACAAGGCAAGGAAGCACCACAUUCUGAAAUGGCAUGAAUGGAACAACAUGCUUCAGAUGUGUCAUCACAUGGGUGGGUUGUGGAGCGAUGGCCGACGAGAUCAGCAAAUCGCAGGUAGCGCAGCUGGGCAGGAACACCAUCUUCGGGAAGAUCAUACGCAAAGAGAUCCCCGCGAAGAUCCUCUUUGAGGACGAGAAGUGCCUUGCACUCCAUGACAUUUCCCCACAAGCUGCAACCCAUUUCCUAGCAGUUCCCAAAAAGCCCAUUGCUCUGUUAUCUCAAGCACAAGAUUCUGAUGAAGCUCUUAUUGGACACUUAAUUACUGCGGGCAAGAAAUGUGCAACUGAAUUAGGCUUGACGAGGGGAUACCGAGUGGUGGUGAAAGAAAGGCCGGAUAAUGGUCAGUCUGUCUACCAUGUGCAUCUCCAUGUCCUCAAUGGCUGUCAGAUGGGUUAA